UAUCAAGUGCCAGUAUCUGAAGGGGGAGGGGCAAUGAAGCUUUUAGUAGCCGCCAUGUUUUUCUCUGAGUGGGGUGUGUAGAAGAGGCCGGGGUGAAAAUCAUCUCUCGAGGCAUGCAGUGUCAAAAUGGGAAGGAGACUAUAUUUGUUAUCCUUCACUAAGACCUGCCAGCCUCAUUUCCACAAGAUAUCCACCACCUGCACAAGAACUAAGUAAUUUUUAAUAUCAACGUAACUGAAAUCAUAAGAAGUACCACCAUUGAUUGUGGGCAACGAAACUAAAAGUGAGAAAUUAUAAGUAACAAAGAGAAAAAAAAGAACAUUUAUCAAGCUAGUAAAUGUCAAGGUGGUGGAUUCAGUAAAAUUGAAACAUUAAAGGACAAUAAUAUAAUACAGUAACUCUAUUGUAAAUAGGAGAGAAGAUGAUCACCCUGGAGGUAGUGAAGUCUGUAAAAGUUCCUGGGUCUAGGAGGAGCUUUAUUAAAAGGAAAUGAGGAAUCCGGCAUUGCAUCUGGUCGGAAUAGCGACGUCCCCUGGUGGAGGUGAAGUUUUUGGUACCAGGGCCGAGGAGGAGUUGCGCCAGUGGCUCGAGGCACGCUUGGACGCAUUGGGAAUUGACCCCGUUGCGUACUCGCGAUUUGUGCUCAGCCUAUUGCGCUGCCCCGACUCGGCCCUAAGCCCACCAGAAGAAGCAGUAGGUACAGGUAGAAACGGAGGGCGUCGCAUUCGGGCCCGACCUAAAGCAAAACUGCCCACGCAAGGAGAUAGAGAGCAAAGACGUGCUGUCGUGCAAUGUUUAACAAGUGCUGCUGAUAAUAAGUGUGGUGUGGAAACGUUGGUCGACGAAUUAUGUAUGAAACUUCGAGAUUUGGAAGGAGGCGGCUCAGAUGAAAAAGAAGAAGAAUUUAAGAAGUCCGAUGAUGAAAAUAAAACAAAUUUAGAGUCGCUUACACCUCGCGACAGAGCUCUCAGAUAUUACGCGGCAUUUCCUGCUUUACAACCUACAAACUUGAAAAAAUUUUCUCAGAAAAAAGAUCGGAAUUUUGGAAAUAAUAACAACAAUAAUAAUAAAAUUAACGGAGUCAACUAUAAUAAUAAUAAGAAUACUAAUAAAUCUCGCAAUAAAAAAACAAAAAUGUCUAUUUCUAUUGACUCACGAAGAUCAGAAGAAAAAGAAAGUUUUGGAUUUGCUAAAUCAAUGGAACUUGAAAGAGAAAAAGAACUAGAAUUGGAAUUGGAUAAACUUCGAUUGGCACAAUUACAAGCAAAGUUUGACGAGAGCUUGGAAGCACUUUGGGAUUCAGGACCAGGCAAUGCACAAGACACGGCUUCGAUUUGGGCAGCACCUACACUUUCUAUUCCUUCAGGACCCCUUUGGCCGACAGAUACUACCGAGACAAUCUUUACUUUAUCCACCUCAGACAAUGGUUAUGCUACUGACACGCCGUAUCAGGAAUCUAUUGUUGACGACUCGCCGCUUAUUCCAUGGGACAUCGAUUUAAUCAGCAUUGAAGAUUAUGCGGAUGAAUAUAGUAACAAGAAUAAAUCAGAGAACAAUGUUAACUGGUCUGACUCAGCUAUGGAUGGAUCAUGGUGCUGGAAAGGGCUUGGUAGUAAUUUAGCUACCUUGGGCCACAGUCCUCAGACAGGUAGCUGCUUCUUUCCAGUCGCUCCGCGUAAAACUCCCAUUGGAACACGCAAAGAAUCUCGUUCAAAUCUGAAAGUAAACAGCCUUCCAGAACCGGACGAGGAUUUGCUUACUUCCGCUCGCACACACUUUCGUCCAAUAAAGGAUGAUGGUCAGUGGGCCGAUGGGACUACAUUUCCUGUGAACAAUACUUUAGAGCGGGUCGCGUAUCGCAGAUCUGAGUCAGGAAACUUGUUAUAUUUACCUGGUGGAGAGAGUCCUUACAUGGAGUAUCGAGAGAACGACUCAUCGCUUUCUCCAGUAUCUUCGAAUUUAACGUUGAAAUUCAGGGUGCGUCAAUGCGACAAGUGCGUUCAAACCGAGCCCAUUCGAUCUCCGGUCAAACGCAGAAUUCUCUCCGAACAGGAUCAUUUUCAUUAUACUCCAAUUGGAGUGGAAGAUACUGUUAUUCGCGAAGAAGAGAAUGUCGAGAAAGAUUGCUAUGCAUUGGGUCAACUGGGCUGGGUACGAUCUAAUGUACCUCUGCACAAUGAUAGGAAAAGAAGGCACAGUAGCAGUUUCGGAUGCCAGCCUCUGACGACUUUGCGUCCGUUGACCUUAUGAACUGGAACUUAAUAUGAGCUGCUACAAAUGCUAUAUGACUGGAAGAUUUGAGGUGUAGUUAUGCUUUUUUCUCAAGAUGACGACGUAAAUUGUUAUUGACAGAGAAAGAAAAAUAAAAGAAUAUGACAUCGGGGGGCCUCUUGGCAUGUGGAAUUUGUUAUGCAUGUAUCCAAGAUGGUGCCGUUAAAAUAGAAAAAAAAAAAAAAAAAAAAAAAUGUAAUCCCCCGUUGUCGUU